GCGGGGGCGCGCGGGGAGGCACGAGCUCACACUUUUACGUGUGUAUGCAGUGUCUCGGGGGCCGGCGUAGCGCUGGGGACAUCGUGGGUGAACCUCAGAUGGCUCAAUACGACAGAGAAAACGUGGCUAGCUCCCACGGUGGACGGGGAGGGGGCGGCUAUCGUGGACGUGGCGGCUGGGGCGGAGAUUUCCGAGGGGGCGGAGAUUUCCGAGGUCGCGGGGGGUCGAGGGGGCUUUAGGCCCCGACCGGGGGUCGGUUACAAAAAGAGCUACAGCGACGAAGUGAGGGAAGAGGUGCAAGAGCUCUUUGGGAAGAAGUUCACCUUCAGGGACGAGGACGAGGAAUGGCACCUGCCGCCAGCAGAGGGUAUGUUCCAGGACAAGCCGUUUGCCAUCAAACGCCUCCUGAAGCUGAAAGAGCAACUCAACACGACCAAAGAGAAGCUGAACAACAAGGAGAUAAUCAGUUGGCACCGACACACCUAUUUCACCAACUGUUCGGGUAUCGUGGUACCGGCCGUCCGUCGAGACUUUAACCCCGAGAUGUGCACACAGGGCUGGGCAAAGUUUCACGAGAUCCUGGUCCAGUUUGGGUCCCUGGUGUCCGAGGCCACCACCAAACUGCACUCGGUCCACCUGUGCGAGGCUCCAGGAGGGUUCGUGGCAUCACUCAAUCACUUCCUCAAGACACACCGCAUGGACUGUGACUGGAACUGGCGGGCCAUGACACUCAACCCUUACUAUGAGGCUAAUGGCUACCAUGCCCUGAUAGACCAGGACAAGUUCAUGUCAGAGACGUGGGACCACUGGUUUGUGGGCGGGGACAACAGUGGGGACGUGAUGGUGUGGAGGAACAUGGUGGAGAUGAGAUCCUGGGUCAAGGAAGAGAUUGGAGAUGUUCACUUGGUGACGGGUGACGGGAGUCUGAACUGUGCAGACAACCCGGGGGAGCAGGAGGCAAUGGUGGCCCAGCUCCUCUACUGCGAGGCCGUCUCUGCCCUCCUCCUCCUGAGACCUGGUGGCUCCUUCAUUCUCAAGACCUUCACCACCCUGGAGAGCCACACCCUCUGCCUCAUGUUCCUUCUAGCCUGCUGCUUCAAUGAGUUGCAUGUCUUCAAGCCGGUGACAAGCAAGGCAGGCAACUCAGAGCAGUACGUCAUCUGUAUUGGGUUCAAGGGAACGGCUGUUCUAACUCAGGACCACCUCAAGAAAUUGAGCACUGCCUAUGGAGAUACUCUGCCUGAGACGGCCAUGUUCUCACUGUCUUCUCUGCCACAGAGUUUCCUCUCACAGAUGACAGAGUGCUGCGGCCAGUUCAGCAAGUACCAGAUGGACACCAUCGAGGAGAACCUCAGACUCUAUGACUGUAUGAAAGCCUCUGAGAAAAAUUUCAUACAAGAGGUGAAGGAGCUGACUUGUGAUACGUAUAAGACCAAGUGUUUGCUGAAGGAGCUGCCGAGAGGAAAGGCUGUUGUCCAGAAUAUUCUCUUGAAUGGCACCCAGUUGUACAGUGUGGGGCCCACUGCAGGGAGACCCAGCCCAGCAGUGGCUGCACCGUCGCAGCACCGAGUCGUUCCUGACUCGCAUGGAGCAGAGGAGGAAGACGUGGUCAGAGAGGAUGCUGGCAGACCAGGAGCCUCUCUCCAAACAGACCAGGACCUCCAUUACCGGUCUGGUACCCUCCCACAGCCACCUGAAACUACAUGUCUACCCAACUUCUCCUUGAGCCCGGGAAAGUGGCACAGCAAUCCAACAUGCUUUGCGGUGCAUGGGAUACGAUGGCAGUGA